GGUUGCCGCGGGAGGAACCGGAGCUGCGGCUGCAGCAGGAGCAGCCCAGGCUGGGAGCUCCGGGCAGCUGAGCGCACCUGGGGCUGGACUUGGGGGCUUGCAGCCGGGCGCGGAGCCGCCGCUGCCCGGGGAGGGGGCGCGAGAUGCCGGCUGAGCCCCUCUCCCUGCCCGGCAUGACUCCGAGGGGCUCCGGCCGCUGGGGGCUGUGGGUCGGCCCCUUGGCUGCGCUCCUGUCUCUGCGAGGUCUGGUGAGCCCUCUAGAGGUGUCAGUGAGCUCAGGGAGUAUCCAGGUUGCUCGGGGACAGACGGCAAUCCUGCCCUGUACCUUCACCACUAGCGCUGCCCUCACUAACCUUAAUGUCAUCUGGAUGGUCAUUCCACUCUCCAAUGCCAACCAGCCAGAACAGGUUAUUCUCUACCAAGGGGGGCAGAUCUUUGGUGGUGCACCCCAGUUCUAUGGGCGAGUGGGGUUUGCAGGGACAAUGCCAACCACCAGUGCCUCCAUCUUCAUCAACAACACCCAGCUUUCGGACACUGGCACGUACCAGUGUUUGGUCAACAACCUUCCAGACCGAGGUGGCAGGAACAUUGGAGUCAUUGGACUCACCGUCUUGGUUCCUCCUUCUGCUCCGCUCUGCAGAAUUCAGGGGUCCCUGGAUGUCGGCAGCGAUAUUACCCUGACCUGCAACUCAGAAGAAGGCAUUCCUCGGCCGACAUACCUCUGGGAGAAGUUGGACAAUGCUCCCAGGCUACCCCCGACUGCCACGCAAGACCAAGUCCAGGGCACAGUCACCCUCCGGAAUAUCAGCACUGUGUCCUCCGGUCUUUACCAGUGCGUGGCUUCUAAUGCUAUCGGAACCAGCACCUGCCUUCUGGACUUGCAAGUCAUUGCACCUCAUCCCCGGAGCGUUGGCCUGAUUGCUGGAGCUGUUGCCACGGGUGCAGUUGUGCUCAUUGUUUGCAUUGUCUUGGUGGCUGUGGCACUGGUUUACUGGAAGAACAAACACAAGGAGGAAGAAGAGGAGGAGAUUCCCAAUGAGAUAAGGGAGGACGACCUGCCACCCAAAUGCUCUUCGGCCACAAAAGCGUUCCAUGGUGAUGCGUCCUCCUCGGAGAAUGACACCCUCACCUCCUCUAACACCUACAACAGCCGCUACUGGAACGACCCCAAAGCCAAUCAUGCCACAGACUCCUUCACCCGCUUCAGCAAUAACAACGACGUGCGCCAGCCCUUCUCCCGCUCCGGGAGCACCAACGCUCGCCCUGUCUAUGCCAACGGAGGCCACCCAUCCCCAGCUCCAUCCAAGACGCUGGUGGUGACGGCCAGCACGGCACCGUCCCCACAGGAGGUGGCCAGGAGCAAUGGCUCAGUCAGCCGCAAGCCAAGGCCUCAGCACACACGCUCCUAUGCCGUGAGCCAGGCGACGUUGGAGAGGAUAGGGGCUGUGCCUGUCAUGGUGCCAGCCCAGAGCCGGGCAGGCUCCCUGGUGUAGGAAGUGAGAGCGGGUGUAAGGAAAGCAAGAAGCUAUUGUACCAGAUGAGGUGAAGAUCUGGCCAAGAGACCCUCCUCUUCCUCCCUGAAAUGGGAUGAAGGGGGAGACGUGCUUCUGCCUGGUGCCCGCCCCCCUUCACUAGACUUUAACCUACCAAUGAGAUGGUCCUUUCUUCGCCACGCCACCCUCGGGAUCUCAGGGGGCUCCUCCACACCAGCUGGAUCUCUCAGAUGUGCCAAGGCUAUGGGAGGGGCCCCAAGGGUGCCAGGCCCUUGCAGGGGAUGCUCGUUUGUUUCUAAUCUCCACCUGAUGUGGGGUUUGGGGUUUUUUGAUUUCCAAGGAGUGGCCGAGUUAGAUGGGGUUCGUGAGGAGAGCCGGAAGGGGCAGGGGAAGGGGAAGGAGGGGCCUUCCGUGGAAGGACAUCAGCUCUACUGCGCACGUGCCCACCGCCAGGCCAAGAAUGGGCAAUGGAAUCAGAGAGGUGAGCGAGGAGACGCUGGCCAUGCCAGACCGAUUUCAAAGGGCAAAGGCAGAGAGAGAGACCCACCAGCCAGAGCAGAGCAGAAGGGGCGGGGGAUGGGUUUGGACGUUCGUCUAUUUAUUUAUUUCUGUUUCCUUCUCUCUUCACACUGGACGGUUUCCUGCACUAGUUCUGGAUGCUUCUGGAGCCCCAUUCGCCUCCUUGGAAACCGCUGCCAUCAGGGCCUCGUUCCCCAAGAAGCCGCUUGGAAGGAGGAUGUGUGGCUGCUGCAGCAGGAGUUUUCUCAGAGGCGUAAAGGAAUCGAGUGGGGGUGGGAAGCAGCAGACAGCUCCUGCCGGGCUGGCCAAAAGCCUCCGUGGCUGAAGAGCCGCACUGUUUCUAGGCGUGUGGCUUAAAUUCCCAAUGAGCUGGGCUUAGCUUUGGCCUUUGCAUGGCAGGUUCUCCCUACUGGGCUGUUCGGGGCUGGCCUGCAUGGUCCUAGCACGGUGCUUGUUGAACUGGGGAGGCCCUGGCACUGAGGCAUCAUAUUUACUCCUCCCUUGCUGGAUGCUGGGAUUGUCGGGGUUUGGUUUUAAAUACUGCUCUUUAGAAAGAGUGAAAGCAGGGGGCUCAUUGAGGAGGCAGGCCCAUGGGGUGGGUGUCCUAGCUGUCUGCUCCAUUCCCUCCAUGCCAUGUGACCGGGUCUCUGAGGCACCUCACACUGGCAGAUGUGCAUGGUGCUCUGUUGCCUCCAGGCCACACCUCACAUACAGCCAAGUUUUUCUCUUGUGACUAAAUAGCCUUAAUCGAAGCUGAGGGUCUAAACCAUUUGAGGGUCUUGCUGUUACAAGGGGGCUGGAGCCCAAGGGGCUGGAUCCCACUGCCUCAAGGAGGGUGAAGCCGCAUUCUGACAUCCACAGGCACCUCCUUCGUAAUGCUGACACUGACAUACUUAAAGGGAACACCUCCCUCCACCACCACUAGAGCACCAGAGGCUCCCCCCUUGGCCCUAGGAAAGGGAGGCUGCUGUCCCUAUCCUUGACCCUACAUUGGAAGAGGGUGCUGUACAAAUCUACCACUAUCAUCCUCUUCCUCCUCCCUCCUCCCCUGCUUUCCCUUCCAUAUGGCACAGAUGCUGCAGGGGCCAUCUCUUUCAUGAUCACACAGACACUGCUGGGAGGCUCCUGGACUCCAUGUGAGCACAGCCAUUGCGCUGAGGGCUGCCUGGACUGCACGGGUUUGAAGCUUGGCUGAGAUUUUGUGCCUUCUUUGCUUAAAGAAAAACAAAAACCAACCACCCCAUUUGCCCCCACCCCCAACUCUGCCCACAGAUAUUGCAAACCUCCCAGGCAGACAGCUGCCUGGUUUACACACCUUUCAGGGGGAGCAAUCUCUUUCCUAGUGUGCUGUCUGUCUCUCCCUUGACUGCUUGGAGGGGAAGAGCAGCUUUGAAAAUCCUAAUGUGAAAAAAAAUCCCAACAGAUUCUCUCUGUUUUUGCAACAACUCCUCUGUGAAGUUUAAAGGGAUGCUGCCCCUUGGCAGCCCUGCUUCAGGGUUGGGAAAAUUCUGGGAAAAUACCCUUCAUGAGACUGUUCACUCCUCUUUCUUUAUUCUUUCUAAUUGUCUAAAAUUCAAUAAAAUUUUAUUCAUAUAAAAAGGGAA